GUUUACAAAGAGAUGGAAAGAGAGAACGAGGGAGUAAAGCAAAGCAUGUUGCCAGUGUUGGCUCCGGAACUCACUGUGAGCGGGGACGGGAGGGAGGGAGAGCAAAAGAGAGACUGAGAGUCACACAUUCACACACUCUCUCAAUCACUCUCAUACACACACACAUAAACUCUUACAUUCUCGCACAGAUUCAGAGGUGCCUUGCUGAAGAGACUCUGUUACGCACACCUGCAGGGGUGAGAAUAUUUUAAGCAGUGAAUACUGGACUAAAACAGAAUACCGGAGCACUGGGACAGACCCGACAGCACCUAGGGACUUUCUUCAAACGGGACCUUUACAGCAUGUGAAGCCGGACAGACAGAUAUGUGCACCAUCUAUCCUUAACAUUCCUUCAUUUCAUCCCUCCAUCUGUGCCUCCCUCCCACCUCUCCUCUCAAGUGGUGUGAAGGACACGGAGCUACGAGUUCCUCAGUGCUCUCUGCCUGGUUGCCUUACGGGAGUCUGGGGAGGCUUGGUGCUCCCCUUCGCUCUCCUGCGCUCUCACUCGUUCAUGAAUGUCACCUCUAUCUGCGGAAGCCCUUGGAAUUUACAAACACUCUCUCAGGAGCUUGGGGAGAGGGAGCAAAGGGGAAUGUCAGAAGGGCUGAGGAGGGAGAGAACUUCCGAUUCCUUUCAUCCUUAUCCAUCUGAUCAUCCACAGACAUGAGUUCCAUGGUUGACGACACCAGUUUUUGACUUUUACUUAGUGCGUCUGUCUUUGUUUUUUGUUUUUUGCAGUCAUAGUGUCAUAAAUGCGAUACUUCGGAAUCAGAAUGAUUUUUGAUCUGUGAGAUUUCUGAAGAUCAAUCCCACACUAAACUGUGGAAGGGAAGUGAGAGACCAGGGCUUCUGGGAGCCCGGAGCUUCAGGGAAUAGAGUCGAACAGAGGGUAUGGUGGUGCUGUGGUGGCUCACUUAUCUUCCAGAAUUCCAGUAUAGCUCCAUGGAUCAUCUGAUGCCACUUGUCCUGUCCGUAUGCUGUGCAACGAGACCUGAAAUACAACAAACAAUCCCAACAACGACAGCUGCCAUUCAUCACAAUCACAACACCAGGAAUUCUGCAUUCCAGGGACUAUUUUGAUAGCCAAAGAAACAAAUAAAGUUUAUUGUGAACUUCACAAGUGUUUUGCCCCACCCCCUUUACCCCUCUAAAACCAAGCCCCUUUUUGUUCCCUAUCAAGUUGUGACGCAUUCUCCCCUUGGUUAUUGUGGGAGACCCCGCUGUACUCCGAACAUCUACAGACUCCUGCUCCUGUCCUCCGUGGCCCUGGGGGAUCGGACAGGUGGGUGGCCCACUGACGCCCUCUGCGCCCUACGGGUGAGCGGGGCACAGCAAAAUGGCUGCCCUCGCCAGCUCGCUGAUCCGGCAGCGCAGGGAAGUCAAGGACCCCCAGGCCAACCGGCAGAUUUCCACCAAACGCAAGCCUUGCCCCAAGAGCAACAAGUCGCUCUGCCAGAAACAGAUCCUCAUCCUCAUCUCCAAAGUCCGGCUUUGCAGCAGUCGAGGACGAAAACUAGAAAAAAGACCAGAGCCUCAGCUGAAAGGUAUUGUCACACGUCUGUACUGUCGGCAUGGCUUCUACCUGCAGAUGUUACCCGAUGGCACCUUGGACGGUACAAAGGACGAAAACAGCUCCUUCUUGCUGUUCAACUUGAUUCCUGUGGGUCUGAGAAUAGUCGCCAUCCAAAGCACCAAGACAGGACUCUACAUAGGCAUGAAUAGCGAGGGCUUCCUCUACACAUCAGAACAUUUCACGCCAGAGUGCAAGUUUAAGGAGUGUGUGUUUGAGAACUAUUAUGUGACAUACUCCUCGAUCUUGUACCGUCAAACACAGUCGGGCCGGGCCUGGUACAUUGGCAUUAACCGGGAUGGAGAGGUCAUGAAAGGAAAUCGGGUUAAAAAGACUAAAGGAGCAGCCCAUUUUCUGCCCAAGCUUAUAGAGGUUGCCAUGUACAGGGAACCAUCACUACAUGAAGUUGCUGAGCAAAGCCCGCCUAGAAAAACGGCCAAAACGUCAGACUCCCCCGUCCAUAAAAACGGCAAGAAAGACCAAGUGCUUCCCGCCCCCACAGCCUCCUAGCGGCAGUAGAACAAACACUUUGUUUGCACGGACACGCCAUGAACGCCAACAGUGGCACAGGAGGUUUGGUACAAAUAAUGUUUGUAGUCCCUCCACCGACCCUCAGAACUUUGACAUUUCCAACAAUGCAUCAGGGCUCAAAAGACCCUUGCUGACAGGUCUAAUGCCCACCGCACUUCCUUUUGGUCUCUCCUGCUCCUUAAUCAAAGGAAUACUGAGCAAUAAUAAGCGCACUGGUCUGGGGGCAGAGUGUGACUGCGUCGCUUUUGUGAGAACAGCAACACCUAAUAGAAAGGAUCUUUGUCUUCCUCUCCUUUUUUAGUAUUUCAAGAAGAAACACUUCUUCUUGUGAAGCAAUUCGUGCUUGACAUUUAAAGCCUCCAUUUCCUUUGUUCAAGCAUUCAUAGAUUCCACGAAAAUCUUUUUUUUUUUCUUUUAACAGAGAUCCCCGUCAUCUCUAAGCCUUGUUUGUAAUCUCCUCUCCCUUCUCUACCUCUUCUGCACUUUGAUUAACUUGAGACACAGAGGCCAUUUUCCACUUCACAA